AGCUUACCACCCACGAAUAGAAAACAAACAGUUCACAAAGCAGGCCCGAAAAAGCCCGUAAACAAGAAAAAGGAAAGAUCUACCAAUCACGCUGAUAGCAAUGAUCAAUCAAAACCACGAAAACGUGGACGAACAUCAACGAACAUGGCUGUAAACCAUCCCCUUCGUUUCACUUCCGUGAAACUCC